GUCCCGGGCCGGCGUGCGCGCGGUGUGAGCGCCGGUGAGUGCGGCGCUCGGCGCGCUCGGCUCCAGCUCCGGCUCCGGCUCCGGCUCCGCGCCGCCCGCGCCGCCCGCACACUCGCACUGCUUGGCUGCUGCCGGGUGACGCUGCUGGGCCCGCCCCCCGCCCGCCGGCCCCCGGCACUCACUCGCGCCCGCCGCCGCCGAGCAGGUCGCCGCCGCGUCAGGGCCGUCCCGGGGGCGCCGCCGGCGCUGCCCACACCCGCGCCGCGCCCCGCCGGCUUGCCGAGCCGCCCCCGGCCGAGGCUGCGCCAGACCAGGCCGGGCCGCGCCCGGGCGGGACCGCGCUGCCUGCAUGACCCUCCGGCGGCGCGGGGAGAAGGCGACCAUCAGCAUCCAGGAGCAUAUGGCCAUCGACGUGUGCCCCGGCCCCAUCCGGCCCAUCAAGCAGAUCUCCGACUACUUCCCCCGCUUCCCGCGGGGCCUGCCCCCGGCCGCGGGGCCCCGCGCCGCUGCGCCCCCGGACGCCCCCGCGCGCCCGGCCGCGACCGGCGCGGGCCGCCGCAGCCCCUCCGACGGCGCCCGCGACGACGAAGAGGACGUGGACCAGCUCUUCGGAGCCUACGGCGCCAGCCCGGGCCCCGGCCCCGGCCCCAGCCCCGCGCGGCCGCCCGCCAAGCCGCCCGAGGAGGAGCCGGACGCCGACGGCUACGAGUCCGACGACUGCACCGCCCUGGGCACGCUGGACUUCAGCCUCCUGUACGACCAGGAGAACAACGCUCUGCACUGCACCAUCAGCAAGGCCAAGGGCCUGAAGCCGAUGGACCACAACGGGCUGGCAGACCCCUAUGUCAAGCUGCACCUGCUGCCCGGAGCCAGUAAGGCAAAUAAGCUCAGAACAAAAACUCUCCGAAACACGCUGAACCCCACGUGGAACGAGACCCUCACUUACUACGGGAUCACAGACGAAGACAUGAUUCGAAAGACCCUGCGGAUCUCCGUGUGCGAUGAGGACAAAUUCCGCCACAACGAGUUCAUCGGGGAGACGCGAGUGCCCCUGAAGAAGCUGAAACCCAACCACACCAAGACGUUCAGCAUCUGCCUGGAGAAGCAGCUGCCGGUGGACAAGACGGAAGACAAGUCCCUAGAGGAGCGUGGCCGCAUCCUCAUCUCCCUCAAGUACAGUUCGCAGAAGCAGGGCCUGCUGGUCGGCAUCGUGCGCUGUGCACACCUGGCUGCCAUGGAUGCCAACGGCUACUCGGAUCCCUACGUGAAAACAUAUCUGAAGCCAGAUGUGGACAAGAAAUCCAAACAUAAGACAGCAGUCAAGAAGAAGACCCUGAACCCGGAGUUCAACGAGGAGUUCUGUUAUGAGAUUAAGCAUGGGGACCUGGCCAAGAAGACCCUGGAGGUCACCGUUUGGGAUUACGACAUUGGAAAAUCCAAUGAUUUCAUUGGCGGUGUUGUUCUGGGCAUCAAUGCCAAGGGCGAGCGCCUAAAGCACUGGUUUGACUGCCUGAAGAACAAGGACAAGCGGAUCGAACGCUGGCACACGCUCACCAACGAACUCCCUGGGGCCGUGCUCAGCGACUGACCUGCCCCCACCUGCCACCGCACCCAACCUUGCCUGUCACUUGGCCCAACACAGGCCUGGACCUGAGCUUCCUCAGUUGCCACCAAGGGCCUCGGCCCCCACGAUGGGGGAGAUCCAGGACACCUGCUCGGACACAGAACCACUGCAGCCCCUUCUUGGAGGCCAUGGAGGACCCAGCCACCUCGAGGGACAACAAGGGCAGAAGGCCCCACCUGCUUUCAACCCCUGGGGCCUGACAGGGCCAGAGAGAGGCAGAAAGGAGCUUGGCCUCAGCACCUACCCCAGGGAUGGGGCCGGGGCCGUCCAGGAGGAAGCACCCUACUUGAGGUCAGCAGUAAGGCACAGGGGACCAGGGCUAAGAGAACAGGAGUGCAGGGGCACCUUGGUGGGUCCAGUGAGAACUCCUGAGGCAGACACUAGGAAGAGGACGUUGGGGGAGGAGAUUGGGGACAGGACUCUGACUACAUCUGUUCAUCUCUGGCAUUACUGGGCAGAUGGGAAAAGGUUAACCUGAGAGCCAGGAGUCUAGUGAAUUUCCCAGAACUCCUAAUGAACGUAGGCACUUGGCAAAUACUUCCCUCAAUUAUUUCACAAGCCUCUGGGAUGGCAGAAACCCAGGGCCUGCCCUCAGGGAGUUUCCCAUCUAAUCGGGGAGCUGGAAAUGAACCAUUACAGUGGGGAGUGAGGAAUGCUGUGGCCAGCCUGGCCCACCUAUGGGUGCUAUGGACUCUGCUGGGAGGGCUUCCUAGAGAAGGUCAUGCUGCAGCAAGGCCUUGAAGGGUAGUGGAGUGUCAGGCAGCCAAAAGGGAGGGCAGUGCAGGCAGUGGGGAUGGUCUGCAAAGACCUGGAGGGGAGAGAAUGGUGGUUGGGCCAGGGGCACUAUGAGGGACUCACGGGUUUCUCUGGGGGAAGGGUAUGUGAGGACAGGAUUGGGGCCCAGGCACGAUGGUGCCCAGCCCUGCUCCCUCCCCAUCCCUGGUGGCCAGGCCAGCCUGGGCUCCUAGCUGUGGGGGAAGUGACAGAAGCCCUGUGGUGAAACUAAUGUUGGGGCAGGGUCAAGUUCAAUCCUCAGACCCAAUUCGCCCACCUUUGAUCUCUUUCUCCUCCUGAGGAACCUGAAGGAUGGACCUUGCCUCUCGUUCUUCCCAGCAUCAGAUUAGCUGUAAUCAGAACAGAAAAGGGCCCCUUGUUUUGCAUGAAAAGAAGCAAAAAUUCCUCCUGUCCACAUCCAUUUCUCUUCCUCUGCCUCCCCCCCAGGCCUUGGGACUUGUAGUGGGGGGAUCCCAGAUGGUUGCCCUCUCAGGAAUACUGGGCAACAGUACAGGAAAGCUAAGAGGAAGACACCCUGCCUGUGGCCUGUCUGUACCCCGAGUUAGGGUCUCCAAAGAGGCGUUGAAGGAUUGGGGCCCGAGUCUGAAGCCCCAGACUUUCCCUGCUUACCAAGGGGCCUUCAGGGAUUCUGGAUGAAAAAAAUGCAUAACCAAGGAAUUUCUGUGUUCAAUCUAUCACUCACUGCACUUGAUGGGAGAGAGAACCUGGAGAGGGAAAGGCCUUGCAGCCUUACCACAGCUGGGGCAGACCAGGCUCCAUGGCCCCUGUCCCACCCCCAGCCCAGUGCUCUGGACACCAUACUUCAGGGGAAGUAGGAUGCUGGGCUUGCACAUGAGUUCCUGCUAGCUGCCAGCCUAGGGCUCUCCCCUGCCUGCUGCCCACACACACCAACGGUAGCAGCAGGGCUCACAGGGGUCGAACCUUCUGCUGCAAACACAAAGCACACCACCAUCUGAGGCCUGGGGUGAUGAUGUGAAUCCCACCAAGUGCCCAUCAGCCCUUUCCCGUUUGCAGGGAACUCGGGACUCCAGCCCCCACACAGUACCUGGCAAGCUUGGCUGGUCAUGGAACCUUGGUUUUCCCAUCUUUAAGAAGGCUUUGUGCACUGUCUUAAUGAAUCUUCACAACCCUUGUGUCUGGGUGAGCUCUGGGUAUCGUCUUAACUUUGUCUUUUGGAGGGCCUUAUUCAGAGAGCAGACUCACAGCCUCUGUGAAAACACGGAAAUGCUGAAAGGCAAAGCUAGAAAGGGCUGUGAGUCCACCUAGUACAACUUCCUUAUCAGAUACAUAGGCUCAGCUGGGACAAGAACCAGGACUCCCAGCACCCAGUCCAGGGCCCUCUACUGCCCCAGGCUGUGCAAGGGUAGGUAGGUUUGGCCCUCAAAUAUGGUCCCAGCCGACCACAGGAGGCAAGGCUUCUAGAAGCACAGCCAUCCCAAGUGAAGGGUGGGGCCCUUGGGCAGGAGGGCCCCCAGAGAGUGACAGACCCUUCACCAGAACCCUGGGGCUGUUCUAGACCACUUGCAGAUUUUAUCUGUUAAAGAAAAAGCUCUUUGAGAAGCUGCAAAGCUCUGCCUUUGACCCCAAACUGGCAUCUUUCCUCUGAUCCAUCAGAUUUACGAAGAUGGGAAAUUGACACCAAAAAAGAAAAAAAUGUCAUUUCAAAGUCAGGUGUCAGUAACCAGGGGGGUCUCCCAAUGCGCUGCAUCCACCUCCACCACCUCCCUUCCUAGCCUCCACCCGACCCAACGCCAGCACUAGCCAAUCCCGGACGGGCCAGUCUUCCAACCCUGAAGCGGUAACCUCCUGACCUCUAGGGGUGAGAGCGAGGAACUGCACCUCCCGGCCCGUGCAUGUCCAGUCUUUGUUCCUUCCCAACUGAGAACCUCUCCAUGCAUGGACUCUGGCUGUCCUCGACACGGACUCUCGUGCACUGCUUAACACUGUUUUGCUACCAUGUGAUGGCUGCAGAAAACGUCCUUAAACUGCAGCCCCACACACAAUUUUUGUACUUUCGUCUGACCUACCCAAAGGUGUCCUUUUUAAGUCUUAUUUGUUAAUAUUUGUAAUGACAUAUAAUCCAAAGUAAAUGGAAACAUUCAUUGCAAUCCUA